AUGAGGUGGUAUGGAGCAGCCUCCAUAUUGUCGACUCUGUUCUGGCCGGCUUGUGCCAUCUUCGCCGACGAUGCCUUCCACAUAGACUUCCACCAUGCGCUUCUUGGAAGCCCGCAACCUCAUACUACCUUUUUCCACAAGCCACAUUCGAACACCAACGCCUCUCUUCUCUACACCGUCUCCGACAAAGCUGUCCUGGGCGCCGUUAACCCGAAGGAUGGGUCAGCGCUGUGGCGUCAACCUCUGGCAGGACAACCCAUUGACAAUGCAUCGAGUUCGUAUCUGAUUGCGGGCGAAAGAGACGGCCAGCUAGUGAGCGGAUAUGAUAGGACUGUGGCAUGCUGGGACGCUCUCGAUGGAAGACUCAUCUGGGACUUCACUCUGCCACAGGGGACUGUAAUAGGUGGACUGCAGGCCAUUCCCCUCCAAGGCUCUGUCACCGACGGAGUUACGCAAGACUUCGUGGUCCUGGCUAUUCCGACGGACUCUCAAACACAUAUUUCAGUCAGUCGGAUUGCUGGCGAUGGCAGCGGACAAAGAUGGCAGUAUGUGGACUCAAGCACCGCGCAUGGCUCCUUCGCGUCAAUAGCAACGUCGUCUAAGCAUAUUUACUAUGUCACAACAUCUCACGGUUUGUUGACGAGCAACAAGGCGAAAGUUGUCACCCUGGAUAGCGCAGCAGGGCACGAAGUCAGCCAAACCAGCAUUGCCGUCGACUCAGAGCCCUUGGCAGCCGGUACUCGACAUGCAGCGGCAGCCUGCUCCAACCUUCCGUUCCUGAUCUCCGCUGAGAGACCGUUUAACUCGCUCAAGUUCACCCUCCUCAAUAACCCGAAAGUAUCCUCCCUCACUUUGGACGAGAAAGGUGAAGAAAUUGAGGACGUUACUGUCCAUGCUCUUUGUAACCAAGCUGCAGCUACUCAUUUUCUCCUGCACAUUAAAGGAAAGAAACGACAGUGGGCCGAGGUUUAUCAUGUAAACACGAAAUCCGGGCAUGCGUCGAAGGCCUACUCGCUGCCUGCUACCGAAGAACAGAGCGUCUUUUCUGCGAGCAGCUACGAGGGGGCUACCUUCUUCAUUCGUUCCACUGAGUCGGAAGUCUUUCUGUAUUCUUCGGAAUCUCACGGACAACUAGGGAGAUGGAAAAAGACAAACUUCAAAACCAGCCCUGGAAGCUUCCGCUCGCACGCGACCGCCGAGGUUGCGAGCAGAGGGAAGGCUAGCUACGCUGUUCGAGUUGCUGAGUUCUCCACGAGUGGAGAUUGGUCCCUGAUCCGCAAUGGGGAGUUGCAAUGGAGCAGGCCCGAGAUGCUGGCCUACGCCCACCUUGCUGCGUGGGACGAAAAUGGUGCUCCAGACGCCUUGGCUGAGGAACUCGAUCUUGAGUCUUCAGUCAACCCCUGGAUGGCCUACAUCCAUCGUAUCAAGCGGCAUAUUCAUGAUCUUGCAUCACUUCCUGAGUAUUUGCGCAGCCUUCCCGACACCAUUUUCAAAUCUACUCCCGACGCUGAUGCGAUCACACGCCAAAAUCUGGUAGGGACAAAAGUUGUGAUUGUGGCCACUACUCGAAAAGAAGUAAUCGCGCUCGAUGCCACCACUCCAGGCGUUCUCAGGUGGCAAUCAGAUCUUUCCUCCCAUAUCCCGGAAGACGCCGAAAUGAAAGCUGUUACAGUUAGUGAUGGAAGGGUUUCAGUCUAUCUCUCCAAUGGAUCCUUGAUCGUUUUGAAUGCGAGUAAUGGAGAUCUAAUCGAAAACAAACCCGGCACCAUCCCCAUAUCACACCUCAUUCACAUCCCUGGCAGCCCUGCACCAGCAGUCAUCAAAGUUGGAUCCGAUGGUGUACCUCACCCUUCCGAGGACUUUGUCCCCGGUACUGCCCUGGAAGGCAACGUUGUGGUAACAAUAAGCCCAGAAGGAAAGGCAAUAGGCUGGACCGUUGGUCGCAGUGUCGAGAAGACGUGGAUCCUAAAACCACAAGAGGGCAUGAAGAUUGUGCGUGCUGUCGCUCGGGCAGAGCACGAUCCAGUUGCCUCGAUAGGCCGUGUUCUAGGAGACAGAUCUGUGCUGUACAAAUAUCUCUCGCCAAACGUUGCCCUUCUGCUGGCCACCUCGGACACCGGAGCAUUGACAGUGUACUUGAUCGAUGCAGUGACGGGAGCUGUUCUACAUACUGCAGCUCAUUCCGGCGUGCUCUACUCAGACAUCCCUGCUGUGAUAUCCGAGAACUGGUAUGCCUACACCUUCACCGCUCGAGACCCAUUGACCUCCGGCCUUUCCAACCAACUCGUCAUUUCCGAACUCUAUGAGUCCUCGGUGCCAAACGAUCGGGGCCUUUUGUCCUCGCGAACGAAUUAUUCCGUCUUCUCCGUUGACGGCGCCGCGGCCAAACCCCACGUGAUUUCUCAGUCAUUCACUGUGGCUGAACCGAUUUCUCAUUUGGCUGUUUCGCAAACGGCGCAGGGGAUAACUACACGUCUGCUGCUCGCGACAUUACCCGACAGUAAUGCAAUAGUCGGUAUCCCCCGCGAGAUCCUCGACCCUCGCCGUCCCGUCGAGCGGGAUCCCAAUGCCACGGAGCGAGAGGAAGGCCUCACCCGCUACGUCCCGAACCUAGACUUUGAUCCAAAAUACUACCUUACACACUCUCGCGAGGUGUUGGGCAUCAAAGAGGUCCUUUCUUCCCCUUCCCUCCUGGAGUCCACGUCGAUGGUCUUCGCCUUUGGCCACGAUGUGUUUGGCACGACGACCACGCCCAGUAUGGCCUUCGAUGUGCUGGGGAAGGGUUUUAACAAGGUGCAGCUAGUUCUCACUGUCGUGGCGUUGUUUGCGGGUGUGGGCGCCCUACGACCACUGGUGAGAAAGAAGACGGUUGAGGGCCGGUGGAAGUAG